AUGGAGAAAGCACCGGAGGUCUAUUUGAACCCUCUCAGCAGAAUACGCGUCAAAAUUUCCACAAUCGAGCACAAGGACGUAACCCCGGACCUUACAUGGUGGUAUGAUCGUGCAUAUAUCUCAAGAAGACCGUGGCCUAGAGGCACAAAGUACCUGGCCAUGAUCAUCGACAAAGAUAUCCCACGUUAUUGGUGGAGACAACUUGCAGUGGACCUAGACAAGGUCGUGUGGAUGCAGUACAGAGACGGAGAGGAAUUCACAAUCAGGAUAACAUCACGCGAGGCAUGGGAGCAAGUCAUGAAAUUUCGCCGUGAGUACCUGGCCGAGAGAAAUCAACCCGAUCAUCACAAGGAACUUGGUCUCGAUAUCUUAUUGAGCCCUCUCGAACGGCCGCAGCGACACAAAAAGAAAGAAGGACCUUCCCCACGCAGAUUGGAUCCUAAGCAUAUAGCGAGACCACGCCGUGUCGUCCGAGCACCAGUAGUCGACUCCAACGCAUACCAAAAGCGUCCCACCAAGAUACCAUCACCAACAUCAGGCUCGACGCGCAAAUACGAGCAUUGGAGGGUAAGAAGCGAUCGCAAUCUAUGA